AUGUCAUCGAAUAUCAAGUCCCCGACAGACGGAAAGUCCCACACACUAGAGAUGAAGGAACUUCCAAACCCCGCAGGCGGAAAGAUCCAGAAUGGAUCACCGGAGGAAACCAGAAUACUCAUCAACCAGAACCAACGCUGGUCCUCUCCACCCUGCCGCCUCCGAAGACUCGCCAUCAUGAGUAUUGUGUGCGGCAUCUCCUGUGUGGGCAUCAAAGCUUUACUCCUGGCUCUGCGGGCGGAGCGGGAAGUUGGUGUGAAGAAUUAUGAGGUUUUGGCGCGGAGGUCGCGGAGAUUCGCAGUGCUGAGCAUUGCGCUGUUUGUGGGGGGGUUGGUGCUGCUGCCGGUGCUGGUGGUCCUCGUAUCGUACAUCAUGACGCUUAUCGAAUGA